AUGGGCUCCAAAAAGAGGAAUUGUGAAGGGCAGAACAUUCGAUACAAGACAUGUAGUAAUCAUGACUGCCCUCCGGAUGCAGAAGACUUCAGAGCCCAGCAGUGUUCAGCCUACAAUGAUGUUCAGUAUCAGGGGCAUUACUAUGAAUGGCUUCCACGAUAUAAUGAUCCUGUUGCCCCAUGUGCACUCAAGUGUCAUGCACGAGGACAAAACUUGGUAGUAGAGCUGGCACCUAAGGUACUGGAUGGAACUCGUUGCAACGCUGACUCUCUGGACAUGUGUAUCAGUGGCAUCUGUCAGGCAAUAGGCUGCGAUCGGCAACUGGGAAGCAAUGCCAAGGAAGACAACUGUGGUGUCUGUGCUGGCGAUGGCUCCACCUGCAGGCUUGUACGGGGACAGUCGAAGUCACACGUUUCUCCUGAAAAAAGAGAAGAAAAUGUCAUUGCUGUUCCUUUGGGAAGUCGAAGUGUGAGAAUUACUAUAAAAGGACCUGCCCACCUCUUUAUUGAAUCAAAAACACUUCAAGGAAGCAAAGGAGAACACAGCUUUAAUAGCCCUGGAGUAUUUGUUGUAGAAAACACAACAGUUGAAUUUCAGAGGGGCUCAGAGAGGCAAACCUUUAAGAUCCCAGGACCUCUGAUGGCUGACUUCAUCUUCAAGACCAGAUACACUGUGGCCAAAGACAGCGUGGUCCAGUUCUUCUUUUACCAGCCCAUCAGUCAUCAGUGGAGACAAACAGACUUCUUUCCCUGCACUGUGACAUGUGGAGGAGGUUAUCAGCUCAAUUCUGCUGAAUGUGUGGAUAUCCGCUUGAAGAGGGUGGUUCCUGACCAUUAUUGCCACUACUACCCUGAAAAUGUAAAACCCAAACCUAAACUGAAGGAAUGCAGCAUGGAUCCCUGCCCAUCAAGUGAUGGAUUUAAAGAGAUUAUGCCCUAUGAUCACUUCCAACCUCUCCCUCGCUGGGAACAUAAUCCUUGGACUGCAUGUUCCGUGUCCUGUGGAGGAGGGAUUCAGAGACGGAGCUUUGUGUGUGUAGAGGAAUCCAUGCAUGGGGAGAUACUGCAAGUGGAAGAAUGGAAGUGCAUGUAUGCACCCAAACCCAAGGUUAUGCAAACCUGUAAUCUGUUCGAUUGCCCCAAGUGGGUCGCCAUGGAGUGGUCUCAG